GUUUUCGUUAAAAAAAACAAUAAAAUAACCUAUCAUUAUCAUCACUAAGGAUUCAAUUUCAUAUAGAGUUUUUUUUAUUUUCAUUCUAUGAUUUUUUUUCGUGAAAUAUAUUGUUAUAGAAUCCAGAAUCGAUUUUUUUUUGUACGAAAAACGAAAACAAUAAUUCUGCUCGAUCGGUGUGAAUUUGGUAAUUGUUUUGUUUUCUUGAAAUAAACAAGAAAUUUGAAAAAAAACAAUGUCAUUCUGGAUCGGUAAUACAGCCGGAAUGGCAACAAAAUUAUUAUCAUCACCACAUAUGAUGAAUAUAACACGAAUGACUAGUACACCGUUUUUGAUGAAAAAGAAUAUUCAAUCAGAUAAUCAAUCAAUUCGUUCAUUUUAUAAUGAAGCUGAAACGAAAAAAUAUUUUACACGAGCCAAAUAUGGUGGUCGUCAUAUGAUAACAGUAUUGCCCGGUGAUGGUAUUGGACCCGAAAUGGUUCGUUAUGUACGUGAAAUGUUUCAAGUGGGUGGUUUUCCUGUUGAUUUUGAAGAAGUACAACUUGAUUCACAUAAUGAAGAUCCGGAAAAUAUGAUUGAAGCAAUCACUUCAAUUCUACGUAAUGGUGCUGCAAUCAAAGGAAAUAUUGAAACACGUGAACAUUCAAAGUAUUUUCUAUCACGUAAUGUUGAACUACGAUUACGAUUGAAUUUAUUUGUCAAUGUUGUACAUUGUAAAUCAAAUCCGGGUAUUAAAACACGUCAUAAGGAUAUUGAUAUUAUAUUGAUACGACAAAAUACUGAAGGUGAAUAUUCAUGUUUGGAACAUGAAAGUGUUGAUGGUGUUGUCGAAAGUUUAAAGAUUGUUACAAGAGAAAAGACUGAACAAGUUGCUCGUUAUGCAUUUGAUUAUGCACGUUCACAUAAUCGUAAAAAAUUAACAUGCGUACAUAAAGCUAAUAUUAUGAAAAUGGCAGAUGGUUUAUUCUUGAAAGUUUGUACGGAAAUCGCUAAAGAAUAUCCAGAUAUUGAAUUCAAUAAUAUGAUUAUCGAUAAUUGUUCAAUGCAGUUGGUAUCCAAUCCAAAUCAAUUUGAUGUAUUAUUAUUGCCUAAUCUUUAUGGAAAUAUAUUGACAAAUAUUGCCUGUGGAUUAGUUGGUGGUCCAGGUAUUACAUCCGGACGAAAUUAUGGUCCCACUCAUGCCGUUUUUGAAACUGGUACACGUAAUACCGGUAAAAAAGUUGCCGGUAAAAAUGUAGCCAAUCCAAUUGCAAUGUUGAAUGCAUCAGUUGACCUAUUGGAUUAUCUUCAAUUAGAAUCCUGUGCUGAUAUUGUUCGUGAUGCUAUUUAUAAAGCAAUCAAUAUUGAAAAAUUACAUACAUUAGAUAUGGGUGGUAAUGCCAAAACAUCCGAUGUUGUUAAUUUUAUUAUUGAUGAAGUUAAUUCACAAACCAAAAUCAAAGCCUAUCAAGCUCGAGGUUAAUAUAUUGAUAAUAAUAAUAAUAUAUCAAUAUGAUGAUGGUGAUUUGAGAAUUGAUUGAAUUCAAUUCACCUGAUUUAUGGCCAAUAUAAACAUACACACAUACACACACUGAAUAUUCGUCCUUAACAUCUUUUCACUUUUGAUUUGUUUACAGACUGACUGAAAAAACAAACAAACAAACAAAACAAUUAAUUAUUCAAAUUAUUACUUGUACAAAUAUAAGUUUUCAAUACAAUUUCAUUGUUAGAAUCAAAAUUUUUAAAUAAAAUAAAAUCAAAUGGAAUAAAAACGAAU